CUUUGUGACUUCGGCACAUUUAGGUGCCUAUUAGCCUAAUAACUACUCUGUGGUCUGUGCUCAGCUGAUCUGACACUUCCAAAUAAGAUAUUACCUAAAGGUCUAUGUUACCAGGUCAUAAAAUUAAAAAAAAAUGGUCUGACACUGACGUUUACACCUUUCAUUUUCAUUGUUAUUUCUUGGUUACUGUUUUGUCUGCUCGUAGAGGAUUAAUUUAUGUUUUUAAAAUAAGAAGGAACCAAAAAAUUCUAUACUUAACGCCAUUUAUAAGAUUUGAAUAUAUUCCUUAUAUUAUUAAUACCUAUUUAAUUAUACUCUUAUCUUAAAAUUGUGAUUGUACUUGUUAUUUAGUAAUAUACUGUGGAAAUGUAAAUUUAAGAAAUCAAAUAAUCUUAAAUAUCGUUAGUUGUUAACCAAGUAAUGAGUAGCGCGACGCGACGCUGGGCCAGCGCGGGGGCAGGCGCGGGCGCGGCGCGCAUGCGGGCGUGGCGCGCGCACUGCUACGGCGGACCCGCCGAGCUGCGGCUGGAGGAGGCGCGCGUGCCGCCGCUGUGCGCGCCCGACCAUCUGCUCGUGCGCGUGCACACUUCUUCUAUAAAUCCACUCGAUGUCGCCAUGGUCGGGGGCUACGGGGCGCGCGCCCUUAACGCGCUAAGGGCGCUGCGCGGCGCGGACGUGGAAUUCCCUCUGGUGGUGGGGCGCGACUUCUGCGGCGAGGUGGCGGCGGCGGGUGCGGGCAGCCGGCUACGCGCGGGCCGCCGCGUCUGGGGCGUGGUGCCGCCGCACUGGCCCGGCGCGCACGCCGACUACAUCGUCGUCAGAGACCGCUGGGCGAGCGAGGCGCCCGAUGCCUUGGACGACUGCGCGGCUGGCGGCGCGCCCUACGCGGCGCUGUCGGCGUGCGCGGCGCUGCGGGCUGCCGAAGAUGGCCUUGAGGACCAAGAUUCCGAUGAUGAAAACCGCGAUGCUGAUGAAGUUAUAAGAGUGUUGCAAGAGGAGAACGAUGAUGAUGAUGAUGUUGAUGAAACUGCUGACAUUGAUCUUCCUCUGGUAGAAACAGAAGAUCAAGAACCCUCUCACCCAUCAACUUCUUCCAACAUUUAUAGAAUAUGA